AUGAUAGCCGAGGGUACUAAGGACGAUGAUUACCUGCAGAGCAUUAAAGAGUUUAUGCAAAAUGGCUGGCCUGAAAGAGUGGACAAGCGAUUCGCUGAUGUUUUUGCAAAUCAACAUGAUUUGGAGUUGUUAGACGAUUGUGUGUUGUAUUUUGAUAGAGUGAUAAUCCCACAGAAGUACCAAAAACAAACAUUGGAUUUAUUGCACAACAAUCAUUUAGGAGUAGUAAAAAUGAAACAGUUAGCAAGACGCAUGGUUUACUGGUUUGGCAUCAAUAGUGAUAUUGAAAAGUAUGUCGCAGUUUGUGAUGCUUGUAAUAGCAUGAAUUUGGCGCAUACACCAAAGGAGACGUCUAAUUGGACACCCACUACUAGACCAUUUAGUAGGAUACAUAUUGAUUUUUUCUUUUUCGAGCAUCGCACGUUUCUGCUAAUUGUCGAUAGUUUCUCCAAAUGGAUCGAAGUUGAAAAUAUGAGACAAGGAACGGACUGCAACAAAGUAUUAAAAAAAUUGGUACAGUUUUUCGCACGAUUCGGUCUGCCUGACGUUUUAGUUUCUGACAACGGUCCACCUUUCAACUCUUAUAAGUUUGUUAAUUUUCUAGAAAAACAAGGUAUUAAGGUGAUGAAAAGUCCCCCUUAUAAUCCGGCAAGUAACGGUCAGGCCGAGAGACUAGUAAGAACAGUGAAAGAGGUUUUAAAGAGAUUCCUGUUGGAACCUGACACUAAAGAUUUAGACUUGGACGACCAGAUAAAUCUUUUUCUAUUUAACUAUAGAAGUAAUACUUUGACUAAAGACGGCCAUUUCCCGUCAGAAAAGAUUUUUUCUUAUAAACCGAAGUCGAUCCUUGACUUGCUGAAUCCCAAACAAGAAUAUAAGCAGCAUCUAUCCAUACCAAAGCCACAUGAAGAGAGAGCAGAAAAGUCUGGCGGGAUGUUCCCGAUGAGCUCGAUGGACAUUUUCAGCAGUCUGAUGGCUGGGGAUGAGAUACUUGUUGGAAGCGUGGAAGUCAUGGCGCACCGUAACCAGAUAAAAGUUGUUAAAGAAGCUCCGGUGUGGAGUUCCCCGAAUGUCGUAGUCCAGCAAAUGAAUUCUCACGAGCAUGACGGUCUUGUAACGCGGUGUGCUACGACUGAUGACGGAGACGAAAUGAAUGGAGCAAGAUCAGGAACGGUCACGGCUCCCAGGGGAGCUACAGGUAGAACAAAGAGAAGAUGUAGUGAAAUUGACUCGCCAGGAGAACUUCGGAGGUCGAAGCGAAAAAGAAAAGUGUACAAAGACGAAAAAUUUUGUUAUGACUUUUAAGUCGAUUCUCAAGUUCUAAUUUGUUAGUUUAUGUUUUUGAUACAAGUUGAAUUCUAUUUUAAAUUUUGUUGACUAUGGUCAAAUCGAUAUAUUUUUGAUAUUUUGAAUUAAAAGGGGAAGAACUGUAAUAUACGUGGCGCACCCUGCGCAUUCGAAAUCAAGCGAUCGUCUAUCGCUGUCAAUCAUCGUGCGCAAUCGUGCGAUGUUCAUCCAAUGUACGCUUACCUGAAAAUAGAAAAUAAAAUCAAUGAUCGGUUGGUUCUGAGACUUCGAACUGG